AUGGAUAAACAGACAGACAGUAAACAAGAAGGCACCAUUACAUUUGACUCUGUUUCAUUUUCCAAGAUAUUUGUUGCAGAAGAGACAGGAGUUUACGUGCUUGGCAGUAAUCUUAUUGCACAUGAAGUAAAUGAAAACCAAAGGAGUAUUGAAGAAAUCUGCAUCUGCUGUGGCAGUUUCCAGAUUCAUACCCAGCAUCCCUUGUUUCACGGAGGAAUUUGUACUCCGUGUACGGAGAACUUUCUGGAAACAUUUUUCCUGUAUGAUGACGAUGGCCUUCAGGCCUAUUGCACAAUCUGCUGCUCGGGGAAGACUCUGCUAAUGUGCGAUGACCCAACUUGUAAUAGAUGCUAUUGCCUAGAGUGUCUGGAUGUCCUUGUAAGUCCUGGUACUGCAGAGAAAUUUAAAGCAAUGAAUACAUGGUUGUGUUUCAUGUGCCUCCCCUUGAGUUCAAAUGGUUUGCUGAAGAGGAAGAAGAGAUGGCGUGCGAAACUGAAGUGCUUCUACGAUCAGGAAUCUAACCAUCUUGAGAUUUAUCAGCCUUUAUCCGCAUGGGAACGAAAGCCAAUCAAUGUUCUCUCCCUUUUUGAUAAUAUUACCCCAGAGAUGAAAAAUCUUGGAUUUUUGGGCAGCAGCAUGGGGGAUGGCAGGCUGAUAUACUUAGAUGAUGUCACCGAUGUUCUGAGGACAGAUGUAAAAGGAUGGGGUCCUUUUGAUUUCAUAUUUGGUUCCACUCCUGCAGUUGGAAAUUCCUACGAACACCCUCCCGCUUGGUACUUCUAUCAAUAUCACCGCAUCCUACAAUACGGGAAACCCCCAGAGAGCAGUCAGAGGCCAUUCUUCUGGAUGUUUGUGGAUAAUCUGGUGCUGGAAAAAGAAGACAGAGAGACAGCUUCGCGAUUCUUCAAGAUGGAGGCAGUGACUAUCCACAGGGAACAUGCCCAAACUGUCCAGAAUGCUGUGAUCUUGUGGAGCAACAUACCAUCUGUUAAGAGCAAGUAUUCUCUCUCAGACUUGGAUCUGGAUUUAGACCGCCUGGCAAAGGACAUCCUCAGAACAAGACUGUUCUCUCAACGACCAGCCACUCUAGUGAGGAAGUUUUUUCUUCCCUUGAGAGAAUAUUUUAAAUGUUUUUCACAAACAUCAAAGAUCUGGAUUAUCCCAUAAUACUGAAAAGAAAUUCUGUCACUUAAGGUCUGAUCCAAAGCCCAUUGAAAUCAAUGGGAUUCUUUCCAUUGACUUCAAUAGUCUUUGGAUCAAGCCCAUACUGCGGGAUUGCUCUGUCACAUUUAUUUCUUGAUGUUGUAUAACUAGCUCUCUUGUUUUGCCCAAGCAUGUUAUUUGUUUUCCUUUUGCUAUUGGAUGGGUUGCUGCACUUUCUUUCAUAGAUGUUACUUUAGGCUACAUAGAGCCAGUGUGAACAUGCUAUCUUUGAUUUGAUAGUUAACAGCUCAUUGAGGCCUUGAUCAUACAAAUUUUUGGGGAUGUGAGUAACUUUACUCAUGUGAGUAAUCUCAUUGAAUUCAUUGAGAUGACUCAUUUGCAGAAAGUUACUAAUAUACCGAAUCAUUUGGAGGAUCAGGAUUUAAGGUUGAAUUUUAUUUAAAGACACCUGAUUUUAUAUACUUUUUACCUUAAUACUAGAACUAGCAGGAAAUGUUUUAAUAUAUCUUUUACCUAAAUACUAUAAUAAUAAUAACAUAAGAGAAAAUCAUUUAAUAUUUUAUUUUUGCACACUUUUACCUAAAUGCUAUCUAUAAUUAAAACUGAUUCGUGUGUUUAAACUUAAAAAUAGCCUGAACAACAUAACGAAUGUGAGAGAUGAGCAAAACUCCUUCAUCUAAAAAUGUAGCACAUUAUUUUGUGUCUGAAUGGAAUGAAGAAAAAAAAAUCAGCAUAUUGUAAGCAUACUUGAUAAUGCUUUAUCUUGUUUUAAUAGAUGUAUAUUUAAAGUAAAGAUUGUUUUAUUAACAUUUUACUAAAACCGGGAUACAAAUAAGAAUCAG